AUGCAGCAGGACCUGUACCGCGACCUGCUGGCUCAGACUGGCAUUGAAGCCGCCCAGCUUAGCUACGUCGAUAUUGGGCCGCACUGCCAGUCAAGCUGGCGACACGGCCGAUUGUGCUCCUUCAGGCUGGCCCCUAUCCACCACUUCGGCAUCUACGUGGCAGAAAAGAGCGAUGUCUUCCGCGCAGCCAGAGUCGAUGAUGGACGCAAGAUAAUGAUCAACAACUCUGAUAUUGCGGGCGGCAACUUGAGCUUGUUGCUGGAGACAGGCAGCAACUUGCAGCAGCAGCAGUAG